GGUGGUGGAGUGCUUCUGCCGUAGUGCGUGUGUGUGUGUGUGUGUGUGUGAAGCCGAAGACAAAGCCGGCUAAAUUUGUCAAUUAGAUUCUACAAUCUGUCAAAACUGAAUUACUGCAAAAUCCCCUAAAUUUGUUCUCGACUCUUUUUCCUUAAUUUUAUCUUUUUUUUUUUAACUUUAAAAUCUUGAGUCUUCUCAUCUUGUUGCCCCUCUUUUGUUAAUCUUUGCUCCCUUUUUGUGCUAUAGAAAAAGGAUCACAUAAAGCUUGGAUUUUUAUUGAAUUCGGACCACACCCAAUUCAUUUUUGGGGGGUAUUUAUGGUGGGAUUGGAUUGAUUGAAGAGAAGUUAAUCCAUUGUUGGUGUGAAUCUGGUUUGCUUGAAAACAAGGGUUGAAGGAAGAUUUGAUCUUUGUGUGUGUGUGUGUGUGAGAGAGAGAGAGAGAGAGAGAGAGAGAGAGAGAGAGAGAGAGAGAGAGAGAGAGAGAGAGAGAGAGAGAGAUGGGCUGUUUCCCUUGUUUUGAUUCAAGAGAUGAUGAGAAGCCCAAUCUCAAUAAAGAGAGAGAUGAUCACAAGGAAGUUCAAAUUGCUGUCCCUUCCAAUAUAUCAAAAUUAUCUUCUGGGGGGGAUAGGCUGAAGACGAGGAGCAAUGUUGGCCCGAGAAGGGAGGCAUCGGGACUGAAGGACUUGCCUGACUCUCAGAUUGCUGCACAAACGUUUACUUUUCGCGAACUAGCUGCUGCGACAAAUAACUUCAGGCCAGAGUCUUUCCUAGGAGAGGGGGGAUUUGGACGUGUAUACAAAGGGAGACUUCAUAAUGGCCAGGUUGUGGCUGUUAAGCAGUUAGAUAGAAACGGGCUUCAGGGUAAUCGAGAAUUUCUCGUUGAGGUUCUAAUGCUCAGCCUUCUUCACAAUCCUCACUUGGUUAAUCUGUUGGGUUAUUGUGCUGAUGGGGAUCAGAGGCUUCUCGUCUAUGAAUUUAUGCCGCUGGGAUCAUUAGAAGACCAUCUCCAUGAUCUUCCACCGGACAAAGAGCCCCUUGAUUGGAGCACGAGAAUGAAGAUAGCAGCCGGCGCAGCCAAAGGAUUGGAGCAUCUCCACGACAAGGCGAAUCCUCCUGUUAUUUAUAGAGAUUUCAAGUCGUCCAACAUAUUACUCGGCGAAGGGUUUGUUCCAAAGCUUUCCGACUUUGGACUGGCGAAGCUUGGCCCCACAGGAGACAAGUCGCACGUAUCCACCAGGGUGAUGGGGACCUACGGUUACUGUGCUCCGGAAUAUGCUAUGACGGGGCAAUUGACAGUAAAGUCGGACGUUUACAGCUUCGGAGUCGUCUUUUUAGAAAUCAUAACGGGGCGUAAAGCCAUCGACAGCACCAGACCUCAGGGUGAACAGAACCUCGUUGCAUGGGUGCGGCCGUUUUUCAACGACCGUAAAAGGUACGUGAAGUUGGCAGAUCCGAGGCUGCAAGGGAAAUUCCCGAUCCGUGGGCUUUAUCAAGCCCUGGCCGUGGCGUCCAUGUGCACCCAGGAACAGGCUGCUGCUCGUCCCUUGAUCGGUGAUGUGGUGACGGCCCUUUCUUACCUAGCAAACCACUCGUACGAUCCUAGUCACAGCAACAGAGAAGAAAGAGGUGGGAAGCUGCUUAGGAACGAGGAGGGUGCUGGGUCCGGAAGGAAAUGGGACGUGGAGGGAGGGUCCGAGAGGGACGAUUCUCCGAGAGAGACAGCGAAAAUGUUGAACCGGGACCUUGAGAGGGAACGAGCUGUUGCAGAGGCGAAAAUGUGGGGCGAGAACUGGAGAGAAAAGAGGCGUCAAAGCGCUCAAGGUGGUAGUUUCGACGCGAACAACAGCUAGUUCUUCAUCGUCGUCGCCUCCUUGCCCGAUGUGUUCGACACCUUCAUAGUGGUUCAGAGAUCUCUCCAUUGAUACACCACCUAUGAAAGAGUGUAAAUUUUCGAUAUUCAUGUCUCAUGCCACUAUUUUUGCUUCUCUUUGGACUUUGGAUUUUGCAAAAAAAAAAAGAUAAUAAUUAAAGAUUUAGUGUUUGUGGAUAA